AUGUACCAUCAAGUCGCAAACCCAAUAUCGACGAGAGCUUCAACAGGCAAUGAGGUAGCAGCCCAAGAUCUCUAUGGGCUGGGUGUUCGUGUCGGGAUUUACCUCCAAGCAAUCGGCAUGUGUCUCUCUGUCCUCCGACUCCAAGCCAACUCCUUCAAAAUCACUUGUUCAGGGCUUACAGUCGCCAUCCUUGUCUGCUGGACUCGCCUGGUUGUUGACAAGGAAAUAUCGCCCGCCGAGGCAUUCCUCAUCAUUCUUCUUACAUCAGUGCUCAGUUAUCCCGCUCUAAGUUCUAUCUUAUGCCCCAACGCUCUUGUCGGGGAAAGCCUCGGCAUUAUCACGACUUGCGUUGCGAAUAUAUGGCAUGGGAUUGCACUGAUCGUAUUCUGGGCCGUCCUGUACAAUAAACUGCCAGCACUCGGAACUCCAAAUAAGGUGUUUCUAUUUGCGCCAUGGAGAAUGGAUGGGGGGUUUCGGAUAUUCGCACUCAUCUUCUCCGUGAUUAAUUUCAUGGCCAUCAUGGUUACUGUAGCAAUGUCGGCAAUCCUGCUGGGGACGUCUUUCUUGAAUUGGAAGUAUGAAAGAGAGGAUUCUUUAGGAUACAGAUGGACAGGGCGGUUCGAAGGAGCUGCGCGUAUCUCUGCGGCGGCUUCAAUCAUCCCCAUUGUCAUCUUCAUCGUAUCUAUUGAGAUGGACAUCAAAGCGAACGGUCUAACUCCCACUCAACAACUCUCUCAACCGGGGCAAGCUAUCCCUCUUGCUAUUGGGGCCAUUACUUUCUUGGAUUGUUUUCUAGCUCUGAUUGGCACUCCAAAUGAUGAUGAUGGCUUGGAAUGGGUCAAGGAUAAAAUACGUGAUAUAUAUCUGCUUCCUGUCCUAGCUACAACAUCGUCCAAAUCAUCCCAACUUGUGGAUACUGACAGGCCCGCGUAUCUAGACAAGUACCCAGUCAUCCCUUCAUUCGACCACUGGCGUUUCCCACAUGGCAACCUCCCCGCCAUCUGGAAGGAGGCCAUUAUCCCACCCGCGCCGAGACUCCCAUCUCUUGAGAAGAAGAUUGCUGCGCUGGCGCGGGACACAACAUGUCGUAUCUCGAGAUAUGGAGGCGCGAUCGAGGUGGCCCAUUUUGUGCCCACGGCGGAUGAAAAGUGGUUCUUGUCGAAUACUAUGGAUAGGUACGGCUCUUCCGGCUCCGAUCCUCAGCCAAUCGACGACCCAAGCAACUUGAUUACACUCCGCCGUGAUCUCCACCAUCUCUUCAAUACCACCCGUCGCUUCACGUUUGUCCCGAAACGAGAUGUACCCGACAAGGCUCGGUGCCUCGCACCCCACGUCUUUUCUCCGGACGACAAUAACGAGCAUGUCUUUGCACGCUUCGCUUGGACGAUCUUCUCCGACCAGACCGCGCGCUUCUUCAUGGGCAUGGCUGAGUAUGCGACUCUCUUGUUUGAUCCAAAGACGGACGAGAUUAAAGAAGUCAAGUUGAGGGCGCUUGACGUGCAGACUCAGUUUGAGAUUUUUGAUGCGUUCCCGAAGAGUCGCAGCGCGAGUUCAAGAAAGAGGCAGCAAGGUCCGUCUGCGCAAGACGAUGAAUUCUCGGUAGCAGAGGAGGAAGGCGAUGCUUCCAUUCCUCACAACUUAAAAGCACUGUUGGAAUUGGGUCAUCCACCCCGGUCAACUGACUCGGUUCGGAGUGAGGGCCAGGGCGCUGCUGUGAGGAGGGUAAGAAUCCCAACGAGGCCUCCCGACCCUUCCGAGGGGGCUGAAGCAUUUCAGCUAGCUUUACAUUGGAAGUUUUCUCACGAGGCGGGCCGCUCAUGCAAGCGCAUCGACACGGAGUCAACCAAGGGAUGA